CCGGCUGCUGGCGUCGGGAAGUACAGUAAAAAGUCCAAGUGCCGCCGCUCAGCGCAAGAUGGGAUCCGGCUCCUCCAGCUACCGGCCCAAGGCCAUCUACCUGGACAUCGAUGGGCGCAUUCAGAAGGUGAAGAAUCAGAGCCUCUGAAGGUUGAGACAUCUGCGCUGGGUCAAGCGGGUGGUCUUCAGCAAGUACUGCAACUCCAGCGACAUCAUGGACCUGUUCUGCAUCGCCACUGGCCUGCCUCGGAACACGACCAUCUCCCUCCUGACCACAGACGAUGCCAUGGUCUCCAUUGACCCCACCAUGCCGGCAAAUUCAGAACGCACUCCCUACAAAGUGAGGCCCGUGGCCGUCAAGCAACUCUCCGAGAAAGAAGAAUUAAUCCAGAGCAUGCUGACUCAGGUGGCAGAGCAAUUCUCAAGAGCAUUUAAGAUCAACGAACUGAAAGCUGAGGUCGCCAACCACUUGGCCGUGCUAGAGAAACGCGUCGAAUUGGAAGGCCUGAAAGUGGUGGAGAUUGAGAAAUGCAAGAGAGACAUUAAAGAGAUGAAGGAGGAGCUGGCGGCCAGGAGCAACAGGACCAGCUGUCCCUGUAAGCAUAGUUUUCUGGAUAACACCAAGAAGCUGAUGCCUCCACGUGAUGUCCCCACAUAUCCCAAGUACCUGCUCUCCCCAGAGACCGUGGAGGCCCUGCGGAAGCCCACCUUCGACGUCUGGCUUUGGGAGCCCAACGAGAUGCUGAGCUGCUUGGAGCACAUGUACCAUGACCUUGGCCUGGUCAGGGACUUCAGCAUCAACCCCGUCACGCUCAAGAGGUGGCUGCUCUGUGUGCACGACAACUACAGGAACAACCCUUUCCACAACUUCCGGCACUGCUUCUGUGUGACCCAGAUGAUGUACAGCAUGAUCGGGCUCUGCGGGCUCCAGGAGAAAUUUUCCCAAAUGGAUAUCUUGACCCUGAUGACAGCGGCCAUCUGCCAUGAUUUGGAUCACCCAGGAUACAACAACACGUACCAGAUCAACGCCCGCACAGAGCUGGCCGUCCGCUACAAUGACAUCUCGCCCCUGGAGAACCACCACUGUGCCGUGGCCUUCCAGAUCCUUGCCCAACCUGAGUGCAACAUCUUCUCCAAUGUGCAGGCAGAUGGGUUCAAGCAGAUCAGACAGGGGAUGAUCACAUUGAUCUUGGCCACUGACAUGGCACGCCACGCAGAAAUUAUGGAUUCUUUUAAAGAAACAAUGAAGAAUUUUGACUACAGCAACGAGGAGCACGUGACCCUUCUGAAGAUGAUUUUGAUAAAAUGCUGUGAUAUCUCUAAUGAGGUCCGCCCGAUGGAAAUUGCAGAACCCUGGGUAGACUGUUUAUUAGAAGAAUAUUUUAUGCAGAGCGACCGCGAGAAAGCAGAAGGCCUUCCUGUGGCCCCUUUCAUGGACCGGGACAAAGUGACCAAAGCCACGGCCCAGAUUGGGUUCAUCAAGUUCGUCCUGAUCCCAAUGUUUGAAACAGUGACCGAGCUCUUCCCAGGGGUGAAGGAAUUCGUGCUGCAGCCCCUCUGGGAAUCCAGAGAUCAUUAUGCAGAGCUGAAGCAAAUGGACGACGACGCGAGGGAGAGGACUGAGAGCCUGACAUCUGGAGGCGCCGACAGGUCAAGAGAGAAAAGCAGGGAUGUGAAAAACAGCGAAGAUAAUGUUGUCUGAGUCGGCAUCUCAGUGGGCGUUGUCUGUGUGUGAUCCUGUGACGUGUGUGUGAUGUCUCCUGAGCAUUUUUCAUCCCAACAGAAACGAGCCCAGUAGUCCUUCUCCUCCCAGCAGACCGAGCCUGCAGACAGCAGCAGAUGGGCUGCGGCCUGGAUCAGGCGGCUGAGCUCCAUGGGACUCCGCCACUCAGAGGCGAGCGCGUUUUCAGCAGCUGCACCGCCAGACCACACUUUCUAAGAACUGUUUUGUUCAUGGAUAUUAAAAAAAAAAAAAAAAAAGGAAAAGGGAAUUUCUUGAUGCUGUACAGAAUUUUUAUUUUUAAACUAUCUUUUAAAUAAUAUAUUCUUAUACAGAAAUGGGUACUGCACUUUUCUUUGGUAGGGGCAUCUGUGCCGGGGCUGCUGCAAACCACGGACACCUCCCCUGUCCUCGUGUGGAGAUGAAGGACCCCGAGCUUUGAUCAGAUGGAUCAGAAUGAUUGCCCGGUGCGGUGCCGUGUGCGCACCCUGUAUACAUUCAAAAUUAAAUGUCAGCCCGGUGCCCAGA